AUGAAUCGAGUUGCCGUCAAAUCCCUUCGGACGACCUCUCUUUCGACCGUCCGCGCCCUCCCUCGAACCCCGCGUCGUGGCUUCUCCGUCUCCUCCACGGUUCUCGCCCAUCAAUCUCGAUCCAAGGCCAGCGCGCAUGCUCGGUACGCUCAUCGCAAGUCGACGAAGCACAUUCCACUAAAGUCCUCCAUGUACUUCCGGCGCUUGCCCACCGCACUGCUUUCCAGUAUCGUCGUCGGAUACGGCGCCUGGUACUCCUACAACAGCACUGACUUUGCGCCUACUUCCACCUUUAGUGCCAACAGCCUCACAUCCACUCAGACGGCUGAUGCGGUGCCGACUCGUACCGUCCUUGUAGUGGGCGCUGACGAACUCAGGCAAGGCACCAUUGUUGGUGAGGGACCAAUCUCCAAGGCUACCAGCGACGACGGCCGUCGCAUUGUCGAGAUGUUGACGCCCGAUCAGGCUACACAAAAGCUACGUCGCCUUGAGCAGUCUUACUCCGUCAGCCGAGGUCAAGGUGUUACUCGUUAUGACUUGGUCCAGCUGCCCAGCAACGACCCAAUUGAGGAUGAUCACGCCGAGAAGAUUGUCCAAGUUCCCAGCAGGUCUUCUGCCGAGACUGACAACAGCGACUGGAUGUUCUGGGGCGUCUUUGAUGGCCAUUCAGGAUGGACUACUUCUGCGACAUUGAGGGAAAGCUUGAUCAACUAUGUCGCCCGUGAACUCAACGCGACCUACAAGCAGGCUUCUGGCGAGCUACCUUCUGAAGAUGAGGUAACUCUGGCCAUCAAGACUGGAUUCAACAACCUGGACAACGAGAUUGUUCACAAGAGCGUCGAGAAGGUGUUUAAGGGAGGUUCCAAGACUGUUGCUGCCGAGUUGUUGCAGCCCGCUCUGUCCGGAUCGUGUGCUCUAUUGUCAUUCUACGACAGCCGCAGCAAUCUUCUGCGUGUUGCCUGCACAGGCGAUUCUCGCGCUGUUCUGGGUCGUCGAGCGGCGAAUGGAAAGUGGACUGCCACAGCGCUCUCAGAUGAUCAAACUGGCAGCAACCCCUCGGAGGUUGAUCGCAUGCGCAAGGAACACCCUGGAGAGGAGCACGUCAUCCGCAAUGGUCGUGUUCUAGGUGGAUUGGAGCCCAGCCGUGCAUUUGGUGAUGCUGUCUACAAGUGGAGCAGAGACGUCGCAUACAAGCUGCGUGAGAAUUUCUUCGGCCGCAGCCCCUCGCCCCUUCUGAAAACUCCUCCAUAUGUUACAGCUGAGCCUGUGGUCACGACAACCAAGGUCAGCCCUGAGAAUGGCGAUUUCCUUGUUUUGGCCACCGAUGGCCUGUGGGAGAUGCUCACCAACGAAGAGGUUGUCGGCCUCGUAGGCAAGUGGAUCGAAACUGAAGGACAGUCUGGAACCAACUCUCAGUUUGAUGCUGCCUGGGACAGGAUCUUCGGAUCGUCAAAGACACCUCUGCCCGUCGAGGAGAGCAAGACUGCUGGACCUGACGGCAACAAGACCCCUAUCCGCGUUCAGCAGUGGGGUAUCGACCCCGAUGCCAAGGAUCGCUUCACAGUGAAGGACAAGAAUGUUGCUACACACCUUAUCCGAAAUGCUCUUGGUGGCAACAAUGACGAGCAGGUGUGCGCCCUGCUCACUCUACCUUCUCCAUUCUCGCGACGUUACCGCGAUGACUUGACUGUGCAAGUCAUCUUUUUCGGCCAUGGCGAGAAGACAGGCGAGAUCACCGUCAACCUCGAAGCCACUGCCGGUGAAGGCGUCAAGGCGAAGCUGUAA